AUGGAGCUGAGGCUGAGGCUGCUGCUGCUUGCGCUCAUCUGUCUGCAUGCUCCGCGUUGGGCUUCGGCUCAGCAGCCGGAGGAGGCGACGGAUUUGGAUCACCCAUUUCUUGCUGAAGCCAUUCAAGCAUUUGACCAUUUGAGGAUUAGGCUGGGAGGCUCCUUGCAAGACCGAGUUGUUUAUGAUGUGGGAACAGAAAGUCCAUGCUCCCCAUUCACAAAUGUAUCCAAUGGCUUGUUUGGUUUCUCAGUUGGUUGCCUCGGUAUGGAUAGGUGGGACAAACUGAAUGAUCUAUUUCAGAGAACAGGAGCAAUUGUCACAUUUGGUGUGAAUGCACUCUACGGGAGGUAUAAUGUCCGGCGUUCCAUCUGGGCAGGCAAAUGGAACUCCACAAAUGCAUAUGAUUUUAUAAAAUACACAAUCUCAAAGGGAUACCCAGUUAGCUCUUGGGAAUUUGGCAAUGAGCUGAGUGGGCAUGGAAUCGGAGCGAAAGUUGAUGCUAAACUUUAUGGAAAGGAUGUAAUUGAAUUUAAAUCCAUCCUUCGGCAAUUGUAUAAGGCACCACUGUCCCAGCCACUCCUGUUAGGCCCGGGAGGGUUCUUUGAUCAACAGUGGUAUUCUCAGCUAUUUGAGACUUCAGGUCAUGGUGUUGUUAAUGCCCUAUCUCACCAUGUAUACAAUCAUGGUGGAGGUAUGUGA